AUGUUGGAGUCGGGCUUUGGUGGCGAAUUGGUGGAGCAAUUGGUGGCUGUUGUGUGGGUGUCCGAUAGAGAUGCGGCUGCUGAUGUUUCGGCUGGUCAUGUGAAUUGGCGGAGGAAAGUUGUUGAAACUGUUGAAGCGGAAGUAAUUGACAAAGAGGAAUUUGAGAAACAUUUUAAAAGCCUAAAUAUUCCUAAACGACGUAGCAAGCUUCCAUCAAGAAUUGAACCACCUCGAAAAUUUAAAAAAAAGGAAGAAGAAGAAGAAGAAAGAGACAAAAAAGAAGUAAUGAAAGAAGAAGAAGAUGACGAGGAUGAAGAUGAUGAUGAGAUGGAUGAAACAAAGUUGGAGGAGGAAGAUGAUGAAAGAGAGGACGUGGAAGAUGAUAGGUGUUAUGAGAAAAAAAUGUGA